AUGUUGAUUAUAGAUAUAAGUAUGUGGCAAAGCAGGAAAGGCCCAAAAGAAUAUCUCGAAGACAGAGGAAAAGAAGAACUGCAGGAGGAAGGAGAGCUAAGAGCUAUGCCAUGGUACCCAAAAGAAGGAAUGGGCUACCGAGCUGUAGGUAGAAGAUUGGGUGUUUCUCAUUCGACAAUAUUGCGCAUAUUUCGCCGUUUUGAAGAAACCAAUGACCACAACAGGCGCCGUGGACAAGGAAGAACUCGGGGAACAGCGGCUAUCCAUGACCGAUUUUUGCAACUGAAUGCGUUGAGGCAACGUUUUGUGACCUCAAGACAACUAAGGGUACAAUUAAAUACUGCUCACAAUAUCAACGUUAGUGUAUCAACUGUAAGGAGGCGUCUGGCAGAAAGAAAUUUAAGGUUCAGAAUUCCAGCAAGAGGACCAAGGUUAAAUGCAGACCAUAUACGAGCAAGACUUCAAUUUGCCAGGGAACAUGUAAACUGGAAUGCUGAAGAUUGGGAGCAUGUUCUGUUUACAGAUGAGACAAGGUUUUGUCUUUACAGCAACGACCGACGAGUAAGGGUUAUUCGACGACCAAAUGAACGUUACUCGCAGUGUAAUAUUCGCCAAACCGAGUUAUUCAAUGGAGGGUCUGUGAUGUUUUGGGGCGGAAUCUCCUUAACUGCUCGUACUGACAUCGUGUCUUUGCGUGGAGGACCUUUAAAUAGUGCAAGGUACAUCACGGAAAUUUUGUCAGAGCAUGUGGUCCCUUUGGCUGGGUAUAUUGGGGAUAAAUUUUUACUAAUGCAAGAUAACGCCAGACCACACACUGCUAGAAUAGUGCGAGAUUAUUUGAAUGAGGUGGAUAUUGAGACUCUGGACUGGCCUUCACGCAGUCCAGAUCUCAAUCCUAUAGAACAUUUAUGGGAUCAAAUUGGUAGGCAGCUUAGAGAUCAUCAACCCCUACCUGUGUCUUUGAAUGAUGUAGAAAACUUUGUUCGAGAAAUUUGGAUUAAUAUCGAUCAAGAACAAAUAAGACGUCUGGUUCAAAGUAUGGGUCGUCGAUGUCAAGCGUUUAAAAUGAGUUUUAUUAACCUCUCCAACUACCUCCAAAUUGUGGAUAGAGCUUGGAGAUCUUGUAAUGGCCAGACUCUCUCAAUGUUUAUAUCAAUUCGUCACGACCAUGCCAAAUACAAAAAUUUCCAUAUCGAGAGCCCUGAAAAUAUUGUGGGAAAGUUUCUGGAAGCACCGUUGGACGAGCUUAUAGUGUAUCAUCUGAAAUGCCUGUAUGCACUUAGCAUUGAAGAUUAUUUAACUGCCUAUCAAAUACAAAGUGUUCUGGUACAAACAUUUACAAAAAUAUUUCAAGCACAAAAGGAGGAGAAUUGGUGUUUACCUUUGAUGUACUCAACAUGUUCUGAUUUAAGACUAAUUGCUCAACAAGCUGAAAAACAAAGGAUUGGCGUUACAGAAAAACCUGGAGAAUAUUUAGAAAAAGCUGCUGAAUGUUUGUUAGCUUGUUUUAGGAUUUGUGCUGCUGAUAAUCGUACGGAUGACAAAGAUACUAAAAGGAGGGGUAUGAUGGGUUUAGUGAAUCAACUAUUUAAAGUAUAUUUCAGAAUAAACAAAUUACAUUUGUGUAAACCGUUAAUAAGAGCUAUAGAGUCAAGUCCGUUCAAAGAAACAUUUUCUUUAAGCCAGCAAAUCACUUAUAGAUAUUUUGUUGGCCGUAAAGCCAUGUUUGAUAGUGACUAUAAAGCAGCUGAUAAAUAUUUAAGUUAUGCCUUUGAAAAUUGUCAUAGAAUGUCUCAAAAAAAUAAGCGAUUGAUUUUAAUCUAUUUAGUUCCUGUUAAAAUGCUUCUAGGCUAUAUUCCCAGUAGAAAAGUCUUAGAAAAAUAUGAUGUUUUAGAAUUCUCAGAUUUAGUCCAUGCAGUUUGUCAAGGCAAUUUGAAAAGGUUCGAUGAAAUCAUGGAAAAACAUGAAACGUUCUUUAUCGACUCGGGCAUUUAUCUCAUUGUGGAUAAACUUAAAAUCAUUGCAUAUAGAAAUUUAUUUAAAAAAGUUUAUUUGAUUCUCAAUACUCAUCAGAUACCUGUGGAAUCUCUUCAAGCUUCUUUAGAAUUUUUAGACCAGGAUGUUGAUUUAGAUGAGACUCAAUGUAUUGUGGCUAACUUAAUUAAUGAAGGGAAAAUUAAGGGGUACAUUUCACACCAGCAUAGGAAAGUUGUUGUUAGUAAACAAAAUCCCUUUCCUUCAUUAACCACAACUUGAUUGGUCAAUACUUUGUGCCUCGCUUUGUGCUGAGUAUAUUUUAAGUUGGUAAUAUCAAAUUUUGAUUUAUUAUGGAAUGAGCAUUUUUUGUUAAUAAAUUAUGUACUAAGUAUUAAAAUGUGGAACAGAUUUUUU